AUGCAGAGAGGAGAAAGGAAGCUCUUAACAUCUGAUAAUGCAAGUAAUUCUGAAUCAAAGCAAUUCAAGUUUAAACCAAUAUGGGCAGUUGGGAUUGUUGCAGUUCUUGGAGUUGUGUUUCUCUUAGUGUUUACAGUCUACCUGUACAAGAAAUCUGCAAAGGAGAAGAAGAUUCUAAGGGCUUUAGCCAAUUCUCCUGAGAAAAGUCCCUUGCCAGUGCCACAGAUCACAGAGGAGAAAGUAGAGGAAAAUGGGGACAGAGAGAAGCAAUCAGAGCUGGUGUUUUUUGUGGGGGAAGAGGAGCAGUUUACAAUGGAUGAACUUCUUGAAGCCACGGCUGAUCUGCGAAAGCAGGGCGUUGCCAGCAGCCUUUACAAGGUUGUGAUGAAAGGAAAGUAUGUGUUUGCUGUGAAGAGAUUGAAGAAAAUCAAAGCCUCAUUUCACAAGUUUGGGCAGACAAUGAGGAAGAUUGGCAACUUGAACCACCCUAACAUACUCCCUCUUGUUGGCUACUAUUCUGCCACUGAAGAAAAACUUCUGAUUUACAGAUAUCAGAACAAUGGCAGUCUCCUCACCCUUCUAGAAGGCUAUGUGGAAGGCAAGAGGACAUUCCCAGGGAAACAAAGGCUAACCAUAGCAAUGGGAAUAGCAAGGGGAUUGGAUUUCAUAUACAGAAUGUCUGAUGAGGAAAGUGACAACAUUGUUCCCCAUGGCAACAUAAAGCUCUCAAACAUCCUAGUGAACGAAAACGAGGAGCCAUUGGUAAGCGAAUUCGGGUACAUGAAGUUCCUGGAGCCAAGCACAGCCAGCCUGUUUGACAGCAACGGAUACACAGCCCCGGAGAAAAAAUUGACAGAACAGGCCGAUGUGUACAGCUUCGGGGUAGUCCUGCUCGAGUUGCUGACAGGGAAAAUCGUGGAGAAGAGCGGAUUAGACCUGCCAAAAUGGGUGAAAUCCAUGGUGAGGGAAGAGUGGACUGGGGAGGUGUUUGAUAAGGAAGUUGGGAGGUUUGAGGCAUUUGCUUUCCCUAUGCUCAAUAUUGCCCUCAAAUGUGUGGAAAGGAAGGCUGAUGACAGACCAAGCAUUGCAGAGGUUUUGGACAAGAUUGAGGAAAUUGUUAAUGUUGUUGAAGAUAUUUCUCCUUUGUCUGCCACUUCCUAUGAAUCCACCCCUCCAUAA